UGAGUUUCUUUGCCGAAGCAGUGGCGUUUGUGUUGUGAGGCCCGGCUAGCUAGCUACACCUGGCUCUAACGCAAUUACACUCCACAUAUUACAUGUAGAUAACUGACACUUUGGCAACCUGCGGUCUCAUAAUGGGAACGAACAGCAGUACCCGGCGCGUGUCGUUUGAGUCGGACGAGAACGAGAACAUAUCGGUGGUGAAGGGCAUUCGGCUUUCUGAGAAUGUCAUCAACCGCAUGAGGGAACCUGAAGCUCCUCCCAAACUCCAACGCGCUCCGCCUGCACCACCUUCCACGGCUCCUCCCCUCACUCCUUUGCCUCUCCCGAGGCCACUUCCUCCCCUCUUUGGUCCGAUCACCUCCUCGCCUCCCCCCCCUCCUGUUGUCGAACCUGUUGCACUUCCAGCCCCUCCUCCACCUGAUCCACCUGCCACAGAGACUGUGGCUGCACCUCCACCACCCCCUCCUCAGCCCCCAGUGGACCCAGUGUCCCUUGCUCCUGCCCCUGAGCCAGUAGUGGUCCCACCUCCACCACCUCCUGCUGCAGCAGCCGUUGAUGAAGAGGCCCUGAGGAAGAAGAUCACUGAUGAGCUGUUUAAAGGCCUGGAGCAGGAUAGGGCGAAGGCAGAGCAAGAGCUGCAAGUCUGGGUCGAGGCGGAGAAGGCGCGGGCAGCAGCCCGGGCUCACGGUGACGCCCGGUCCCAGGUGCAGGACGAGGUGUCCAGGAUCCUGUCCGUGGAGCGCGCCGUGGCCCACGAGAGCAUCCAGCAGGCCGCGAUGAGAGAGAGGAUCUCCGCCGAGGACGAGAAGCUCCGCGCCCGGCUCUAUGAGGUCGGACAGAAGGCCAAGCAACUGGGCGCCAGAGAAGCAGACCUAAACAAGCAGGAUGCUUUCUACAGAGAGCAGGUGGCUCGGCUGGAGCAGAGGAGCGCUCAGCUCUACAAGGUCACCACGGAGAACUAUCAUAAAGCUGCCGACCAAGUGAAUGCCAAGUUCAGGCGGUAUGAAGCGUAUCCCGUGUGUGCCGACCUGCAGGGCCAGAUCCUCGCGUGCUACAAGGAGAACGUCGGGAAAACCCUGAACUGCUCCCACAUCGCGGCCCUCUACCUGCAGUGCGUCAACGACACCAAACAGAAUAACAAGUGUGUGCAAGCGGCCUCCUGGACGGAUGAUAUAACAAGUUGAGGACCGGGGGUUAAAGGACGAGAGAGGAGGAAAGGGAGAGCGAUGAGUUCAUCGCGUGGGAUUACCGAUUACCGACCGACCGACGAACCGACCGAGAGCGAGUCAGCACCGAGACGCACCGCGCCUCUCGACACCCUCGCGGAGAACCAGCCCCGACCCGACUCACCGGGCACAGCACCCCGAUAGAGAAAUAGACGCUCCUUCCCCACCUCUCUUACCUCCUCUCUCUCCUGUGAGCACGUAGGGAGGCAGUGGCACCGGCUGCCGUUUUGGAGAAAGAGCAGGGCCUGGCCGGACCCUGCAGGCCUGAGUUUGGCCCACUAGAAGGACCGUGAAUAUGAACUGGAUAGCACCACAAGAACAUAGGCCACGCCUCUGUGACCCCUCUCGCCUCAACACUGUUGAAUCAAAGUCUAUUUUUCGAAGAAUAGAAGUCAGUCAUAUUUUCUUGUCCAUGACUCGUAGUUUUCCUGCUCCUGAUGCACGAUCCCGUCCACACAUGUACUCCUCGUCUGUUUGGUCUUUGCAUCGUGUGAGUUAAUAAUGUUAAUAAUGUAUCGAUCUGCUUGUGGAGAACUCAUCCGGACGAUGUCUGAUCAGAGGAAAUAAAAGACAAAACGAUGCAGGAA